AUGGCUGCCAACCCAGAUACCCUGCUGCGCGACGUCAACAUCCUCGGCGCACUGAACGACCAGAACAGGCAUAUCCUCAGCAAAGAUGCCGCCGUCUUCCUCGCCCUCCUCCACCGCACAUUCAACGAGCGCCGGAAAGCCCUCCUCCAACGACGCAUGAUCCGACAGCAGGACCUCGACAAGGGCAAUCUGCUCGACUUCCUCCCCGAGACGAGGCAUAUCCGCGAGAACGAUGCGUGGAAGGGAGCUCCGCCGGCCCCAGGGCUCGUGGACAGGCGGGUGGAGAUCACAGGCCCGACGGAUCGCAAGAUGGUCGUCAAUGCCCUCAACUCUGACGUUUGGACAUAUAUGGCGGACUUUGAGGAUUCGAGCGCGCCGACAUGGGACAACAUGAUCAACGGCCAGCUCAACCUCUACGACGCCAUCCGCAAGCAGGUCGACUUCAAGCAGGGCGAGAAGGAGUACAAGCUGCGCACCGACCGCGUCCUCCCCACACUCAUUGCCCGCGCCCGCGGCUGGCAUCUAGAGGAGAAGCACUUCACCGUGGACGGCGAGCCCAUUUCCGGCGGCUUGUUCGACUUUGGUCUGUACUUCUUCAACAAUGCCCACGAGCUCGUAAAGCGCGGCACCGGCCCAUACUUCUACCUCCCCAAGAUGGAGUCACAUCUCGAGGCCAGGCUCUGGAACGACGUCUUCAACAUGGCUCAGGACUACAUUGGCAUGCAACGAGGCACUAUCCGCGCGACCGUGCUGAUUGAGACCAUCACUGCAGCUUUCGAGAUGGAUGAGAUCAUCUACGAGCUCCGCGACCACUCCGCUGGCCUCAACUGCGGCCGCUGGGACUACAUCUUCAGCACCAUCAAGCGUUUCCGCCAGAAUCCCAACUUCGUCCUCCCCGACCGCGACUCCGUGACCAUGACCGUCCCCUUCAUGGACGCCUACGUCAAGCUCCUGAUCAAGACCUGCCAUAGGCGAGGCGUCCACGCCAUGGGAGGCAUGGCCGCCCAGAUCCCCAUCAAAACCGACCCGGCUGCGAACGACGCCGCCAUGGAAAAGGUCCGCGCCGACAAGCUCCGCGAAGUGCGCGCCGGCCACGACGGCACAUGGGUUGCGCAUCCCGUCCUCGCAGCCAUCGCAUCAGAUGUCUUCAACAAGCACAUGCCGACGCCCAACCAGAUGCACGUCCGUCGCGAGGACGUGCACAUCACCGCCAACGACCUGCUCAACAUGAACGUGCCCGGCAAGGUCACCGAGGCUGGUAUCCGCAAGAAUCUCGACAUCGGCCUUAGCUACAUGGAGGCGUGGCUCCGGGGCGUCGGAUGCGUGCCCAUCAACUAUCUCAUGGAGGACGCUGCUACAGCCGAGGUGUCGAGGAGCCAGCUCUGGCAGUGGAGCAGGCAUCAGGUCAAGACUGCAGAGGGCAAGAACGUCACCAAGGACUAUGCGCUCAAGCUGCUGCGCGAGCAGGCACAGAAGCUGAGCGAGAAGGCGCCGAAGGGGAACAAGCUCCACCUCGCCGCGAAGUACUUCGAGAGCCAGGUGACGGGCGAGGACUACGCUGAGUUCUUGACAUCGUAA